UGUUAAAACCGGAAGUCUUGAUUCUGGUACCCAGGGCUAAUUUUACACGACGCAUGCGCACUUCCCUUUAAUCACAUCCUAGGUGGGCAUCUUGCGUUCAUCUGGCGUACGGCAAAAUAUCUUCGACUGAUUCACGGCACUGUCUCCCGAACAAAGCCGACGCGGGUUCUGUUACCCCAUCGAAUUGCGGACAUUUUCUGUGGCUGUGAGCGACACCACUCACCCGCGCGCGUCACCUACUUGUGAUUCCCAAAGGUAAAGCGACCACAUCCUCGACUCCACAUGGCGUCCAGCGGAUACCUGCAGGCGGCCGCGCUCCUCCUGGCGGCGCAGCUGCUGUGCCUCGGGGCCGCCGAGGCGGACCAGGACAGCGGGACUGUCAUCCCCGCAGAAAGUCGCCCGUGUGUGGACUGUCACGCUUUUGAGUUUAUGCAAAGGGCGCUGCAAGAUCUAAAGAAGACCGCGUUCAACCUUGAUGCCCGAACGGAGACGCUGGUGCUGAGGGCCGAGAGGAGGGCUCUGUGCGACUGCAUGCCCACCAACUCACUGCGCUGAUGAGGGCGUCGCCACGCCGACGACGACAACAACAACAACAACAAACCCCCGAAAAAAAAAGAAAAGAAUCCCCGGAACCUCCACACACGUACAGCGAUUAUCCAUCUCAACUGGUCCACGCCACGCAGGCACUUUAUUCCCCCCCCCCCCCCCCCCAUCACAUCCCAGUGGCGCGACGCUGUGAUGUCACGCAUCAGUGGGCGCGUCGUUGUUCAGCCUUACCCCGGGACGACUUUUACACCACCGAUGUUUUGACGUCGUGAAACACGCGCCUGCUCAGCAUAAACGAUUUUGUACUGUACGAUGCGGUAGAAUGCGUCGAUACGUUUCCCCGUUGAAUGUGUGAGAUUUAAUGUUUACAACGAUUAUACACAUCAAACUGUAGCAUCACAUGGGAUUUAUUUAACUGCUCAGAAGUAUUUCAAUAACUGUCAAAAAAAGAGAAAAAAAAGGCUUGGGUAACUUAUUAAAGAAUGUUAUUUUUUUCUGUUAUAACCAUAAAGAUGUUUAGAAGACAUUUUAUCAGAAGAUCAAACCAUAUUUUAACACUUAGUGUAGAUCUUGAUUUAGCGCAGCACUGUAGCAUGAAUUUACAGCACUUUUUGUUAACCUACGGUCUUUGUAGAUUGUCUGUAUAGAUUCUGUAAAUGUACACAGGUCUUAUCUGUCUGACAAAGGUAUGCAAGAAUAGAGGUGAGCAAUACGGUAUCAAAUGAACUGUGUUGUCAAAGGGGGGUGGGGGUGGGGGGGGGGCUGCA